UCUGUUACUUGCGGUGUCUGGAGGUGUCGUCUGUGUCACCUGUCCGUUCGAAGGGAAACUUGUUUUCCUCCAAUUUGCAUUCCCAUUCCAUCCCAGAGUGGUCCAGUGCGGGAUUCAGUUGCAGUUUCCUUUCUUUGUCGUCUUCUUUGGAUAUUCCGGGAUUCCUCGCUUCCGGCCGGACAGGGAAGUGGAUCGCCCUCGCGGGUGUGUGGGAACGGCGCUGCUUGCGGCCUGGAGUGCGGGUUCCUGUGUGGCUUUGGACGCGAGGGUUUUUCGCGGAUCUCGCCUUGGGGCGUCGUGAGCCGGGCGGUCCUGGCGAGUGAGAGUGCGGGUGACUGGGCGACGAGUGGACCGGGACAAGUGCGCCGCCGAGGACGCGGUUUCGCUGUUUUUGUUGUCGCGGCGCCGAGUGCGUGGCGGCCGCUUGCAAUUUCGUUGCAGUUGCACCCGGUGCAGUUGUGCAGUUUUCGCGGCGUGGCGCGGCUGUGAUUUGCGACAGUGGAGGAACGGGCACCGCCAGGCAAACCGGUUCGCCGUCCUCAGAUUUUUCGAUUCGUGGAUUUUGUGUUGUUCUCGUUGUUUUGGUGUCGUUUUGUGUCGCUGAACCAAAUCGCGGGUCCAGGCUCCGCGACCGGCCGCCGUUCCGUUUGUUGAAUUGUUUUUGUCCGUCGAGUGACUUCUGUUGCAACACCCCCAGUGCGGCUUGGUGCAGUGCAGUGUGUUGUGCAAAGAAGGAAAAGGAAAAUUGUUUGGUGUGAAAAUUCCAGCGCGCACUCGAGUCCAGCGAGAACCAAGUGGAGCAGCCGAGACAGUUGUCGGAUACUCGCAGCCUUUUUGGAUAGCAGCGCAGCAGGUCGAGGACUAAAGAUUUCGGAUUAUUCACUACAAAAAGCAGCCAGCUGAGGACCUGAAAGCUGUUGGUCUCAAAAUUUUCAACACUAUGGUGGAUGCUGCGAGCGAGGCUGAGGCUAACUAGGAGACAAUUACUACAAUGAGCGCUAGAGUUAUUUAACAAGAUAUUAUGCUGCACAAACCACGCCAUCAAAAGCACCUAAAUCAACCAAAUCAUGUUUUAUAUUGGUCAUCAUAGCGAACACUAGAAACAGAAAAUUUUGAAUAUUUUAAGAUACGCAAAAGCUAAAGGCUACAUAGACUCCCAAGCGACCACAACCCCUCGACAAACAUUCAAAACAAACUUUCCAUAACAUUAAUUCACUCCUAAACCAUAAACAAAAUGGAAACAUCAGGCUUCGAUGACGAUCCACCACCAGAGCCCAGAGAUGGUUGGCUCCUUGUUCGCAUCCACGUUCCAGAAUUAAACGUCUACAAAUGCCUACAAUUUCCCGCCGAUCGUCUUGUUUGGGAUGUAAAACAGCAAGUUCUGGCGUCUCUUCCUAAGGUGGCUUUUUGGUUCAGGGAACUUAAAGAAAGCUUUAACUACGGACUAUUUUGUCCGCCCUCGAAUGGAAAGGCUGGAAAAUUUCUGGAUGAAGAACGACGUUUAGGAGAUUAUCCUUUUAACGGGCCUGUAGGAUAUUUGGAGCUAAAAUACAAACGUCGAGUAUAUAAAAUGUUAAAUCUUGAUGAGAGACAAUUAAAAGCUCUUCAUACACGUGCCAAUCUUCGACGAUUUCUCGAGUGUAUUAAUGGUGGACAUGUUGAGAAAAUUGCGAAAAUGUGCGCUAAAGGACUAGAUCCGAAUUUUCAUUGUCCAGAGAGUGGAGAGACACCACUCACAGUGGCUACUGGCACUAAGAAACCAAAUAAAUUGCUUAUUGCUUUGGUUAAUGGAGGAGCUUUAUUGGAUUAUCGAACGAAAGAUGGAGCGACGGCAUUACAUAAGGCCGUCGAGAGGGACUCACUGGAAGCUGUGACUACUCUUCUUGAAUUAGGUGCAUCGCCUAACUACAAAGAUGGAAGAGGUCUCACCCCACUUUAUUUGUCUGUCACGAAGAAAACCGAUCCAAAGAUUGCUGAAAGUUUAUUACACGAUCACGCAACAUUAGGUACACAAGAUAGUCAAGGUUGGCAGGAAGUUCACCAGGCCUGUCGACAUGGUCUUGUACACCAUUUGGAACAUUUAUUGUUUUAUGGUGCGGACAUGGAUGGCCGUAAUGCUUCCGGUAAUACACCUCUGCAUGUAUGCGCUGUUAACAACCAAGAGGCUUGUGCUAGAAUGCUUCUAUUUCGUGGUGCCCAAAGAGGUGCACUAAAUUAUGCAAAUCAAACACCCUAUCAGGUUGCAGUUAUUGCUGGAAAUUUAGAACUGGCUGAAAUGAUUCAAAACUAUAAAUCUGAUGAUAUAGACAAAUUUUCCGCAGUACCAUUUCGUGGUCCACCGAAGUACAAUCCAAAGAGACGAUCGGGUUUGGGAUGGGCAAUGGGUGGUGGUCUUGGGGUUGGUACAAUUGGCCCUCAUUCAAACAUGAAUCGAAAUUCAUACGCUCCACCGUCACCCUGCCCGUCCGAACACAUGCCAUAUAGUUCAGCAAGUUCGAGUCUAUCGGAAGGAUCAUCCGGACAUCGAUCGCAUGAAGAUGAUAUCAGCAUUGUAACAGAUAAAAGUAUCGGCGACACCAGCGACAUCAUAAGUGAUUCAUCUGGUGUAGGGACGAACUCAGACAGUGCAGCAUGUUCAAUUGGUCACCCAAGUACAACGGUUGUAUGCAUGGAACCUUACAGUGGAAAUUCUGUUGGUCACAUUCGAAUACAACCAGGAGAAGUAAUAGAGGUCGUCGGCUCAACAGAUUGCGGUUUACUCGAAGGAUAUGUUCGCGGUACAAACCGUUCCGGAUUCUUUCCGGCCGAAUGUGUCCAAGAGGUCAAUAUCCGCCAGAAAAAUAUAACUAACGUGUCGACACCAAACCAGUAUCAGAUGUCACCACAUCAACAACACCAUUUGCAGGCGAAUGGAAACAAUGGAAGUGGACAGUAUAAUAGUUCCACUGCGCCUAGGAUUAAGAAACCCUCCAUACUGGAACCCCGAACUGUAAUUCUUCAUCGUGCCAAACGUGGUUUUGGAUUCGUAUUACGCGGAGCCAAAGCUGCCUCUCCGCUUAUGCAACUAAAACCAUCCGAUCGCUUCCCGGCCUUACAAUAUUUAGAUGAUGUGGAUCCAGGUGGUGUUGCAGAUAUGUCUGGACUUCGACCCGGUGACUUUCUACUCGCGAUAAAUGGUGAGGAUGUACGGGCAUCAUCACACGAGCAUGUAGUGGAUUUGAUACGUUCUUCUGGGGCUUUGGUGUCUAUGACUGUAAUCUCACCAAACUUCCCAAAUCAAAUGCAACCCCAACAAAUGGCACAACAACAAGGCAUGGGAGCUCAACUAUCUAACAGACAAUGUGUCACGCUACCUAGAAAAAUGUCUUUGGGGCCAGGGAAGUUACCUGCGCCAGCACCACCACGUCGUGAUCCUAAAACAACAUUGAGUGUUGGUCGAGCGCGUGCUAAGUCAAUGGUUGCCGGAUUGGAAAAUGGAGGAGAAAAAGAAGAGGAAGAGAUUCCAGCUAAAUCUAGCUCAAUUGAAUCGAUUGCUACACCAACUCAAAAUCCAGGCACUCCUGUUCAACCACGAACGGCUAGCAUUAAGGCGCGUCCGACUUCGAGUAGGAUCACAGCAGCUGAGUUAGAAGAACUUUUCCAACGCCAACAAGGCGAAGCUGCUGAUGGUUCCAAUCGCUAUUCAACAAUGAUGACUAGUUCUAGAUUCCAAUCUGGAACUGAUAGCGGUGCCGCCACACCGCCCAAUGGCUCACCACAAAAGGGACCACUUGUUUAUGCCAGCGUAGCUGAGAUGAAACGAAAGAAAACCAAAAAUGGAACACUUCGAGCCAAACCAUGUGCAAUCCCGACGAUUGGAGCAGACUUGAAGCGAAACUUCCAUUCAACGCCUGAUUUGAAUAGCCAAUUAAAUACAUCGAUUUCAUCGAUUUGGGCCUCGAGUGGCGUCAAAGGUCAUCGCUCACAAAAUGAUGUGAACACCAUCCAUGGUUCGAUGCAGCGUCUGAACCUUCCACCACCUACUCAUCCACCUCCUCCACCACCUGUUGGACAAGUGGUCAAGGUGGAUGUUUCUCGAGGCUCUGAAUAUGAAAGCACUAUUACCCUUCAAGAAAAAAUCCAGAAGAAGUUAGCAACACAAGCACAAGCAGUAAAUGGAACUGCUCAAGACGGAGAGAUUAUGUCUAGUUUUAAUCCUACAGCUAAUGCCAAAUUAUAUGCUUCACCGCAAGAUAUUCGAAGUGUUGGAUACCGGGCGAGAGCAGAUAGCCGAAAAUCGUCUUUGCCACGAAAUCAGCUAAAUCAACAAAGUGGAACUCAACAGCCGCAACCUGCCAGCCAAUAUGCUCAACCUGGCAGACAAGUUGCCACCAAUCAGCAACCAAUGCUCUUACAACAUCGACAUAGCGCAUCAGCGGUGAUGUCCGCUGCAGCUACAGGACCAGCUCCACCAAUUCCUGAACCUGAUUAUAGUUUAAGCGAGUCGGAUGGAGACGAUGAGAAUUCGAUUAUUGUUGCCAGGAAUACGAAGUUAAAUGAGAAAAUAGAUUUGAUUGAUGUCCCCGCGGAAACAAGUGGAAAUAGUAACACAAGUGGAAGCAGUUCUGGUUCUGGAUCAAUACCGCAUUCUUUCUCCGUUGACGAAAUCCAAAAGAUGCGAACCAAACUAAAAUCAUCAAAAUCCUACCCGAAUGAUCUUCGACCUGAAAACGAGCAAGACCCGAACUCCAGAUCAAACCGGUCAGUGGUUAUCAACGAGCAAAACGAAGAUGGCGAUAAUUCCUCUUCAGGCGUAAGCAGUGACCAAGAAAACGCAGCAAAUAACACCGACACGAUCAAGAAGAAACCAACGACAGCAGUGACACAAAGGAAGAGUCAAACACAAAUUCAACCCCCACAAUCUCUUCCAAUAGUUCAUCAAAAACAACAGCAACAACACCAGCCGCAAGAUCAGCACAAACCUGUCUUAGAAAAACAGAGGGAGCACCAACCACAGCAACAUCCGCCACAACAUCAACAAAAACAAGUUGAAGACCAGGAAGAGCGCAGUGAGGACGACGACGAUCACAGUCCCAGUCCUCCAGCCAAAGGUUUCCAACGACACAACUCCCUAACACGAAAACAGGCCGCUGUUAUUGCUAUGAAUCGUGCCACACGUACUGCUGUGUCUCUGGCGCAGUUACCGCCCCCACUUGAGGCUGAUUCUGAAGGCGAGACUACACAUUCGUAUGGAAAUAAUGCCGGACCGGAACCCCCGUGUCCAGUCAACAUUGUCCUUGCUCCACCGCCACAGUUCUGUGAUUGUAAUGAUAUUAAACAACAAGCAGCGCGCUCAAUGCGCCAAGCUGGUGUAGCUGCAAAUGCAACUGCUGGCUCUGUCGCAACUGGGAAUAGCCCACGCGUGCGAAUAGUUGGGGCCGUGCCAAAAGCCAAUCGCUUACAUAGUCAGUAGAGCCAAUAGGAUUAGUAUCUAGUAUAUUCUGCUAAUAGGUGGCUUGGAUGGUAUCAUCUCUAUCUGGAUAGGAGUUUGCUUAGAAGCAAGUCGUUUUCAGUGGAAGAAAGGUAGCAUGUAACAAUGAUGGUAUGUUUCCAACAAGCGCUGAUAAUUUCCAACGACGGGAGUGACACCUUCGCCUGUGGUUCUCGCUCCCUCGUUGGUACUUAAGGCGCUACUAAUUGUGGGAGACGUACUAUUCUAAUAGUUUGUGGGGUUUAAAGGAGCUAAGCUAAUUCUUAUUGAAAGAAAUAUUGCAUGAAGUAUCGCGAAAGAUGGAAUAAAGGAAAAUUAAUGAUUUUAUUUCAGUGGAUCAAUCCGAAACACUGAUCCAUUACAAACAUGAUAAACCAAUAUAAUUUCUGUUUAUAUCUUAAACAUUCACAUCUGUAAAUUGCGCACAAUAUUCCUAUCGUACGCUUGCCGUUCUAUUAAGCUUCCUCGGAAGGCUAACGUGGAGAGUCGGGUAGAAAGGAGAAGCUGCGUGUCUAAUUAUAAAGAGCAAAAUCCAAAGCGCAACUUAACACCGCCACCAACUAAACACAAAACAGAAGUUUAUAUAUUGUAUUAAAAGUAUUAAAACAGAACUAGAGAUAUUGUAAUUAUAUACAGGUAAGAGAUAUUAUUUCGUAGCUGGUAGACGAAAAGUAAGUGAAGCAAGCAUGAUUGCAUCGUUUCUAAUUUUAAGCGAUAAAUUGAAGUGAACUUGAAGCCCAAUCCAAACGCAUCGCGACAAAUGACGUGACAUUAAAGUAUUCACCUUACAAAUAUGAGAAAUUCACAAAAUGCACAGAAAUACAAUGUAACGAUAGAGUUAAGAACAAAGGACGCAAACAGCGUGACAAAGAAAACAUUGCCGAGUAGAUGAAUUUUUUUGAUUACUUCCUUUCACUUUAUUCUGUUCGCAAUAUGUUAUUCUUAUUAUUCAUUGUUGAGAGCAAGCACCACAAUUAAAUUGGAUUUAACAUAGUUUCCAGGUUACGAUAUUAUUAAUUACGAUUAUUCUUAGAUUGAAAAUAACAAAGAUUAUGUUUAAAACGAGUUUGAUGCAAUUUUAAGUCAAUAAUUGUAUUAUGUAAUAGAAAAUGAAGUGAAUAAAUUUAUGUAUCUAAAUAAAA